AUGACUAUCACAGUGGGUGUCCUCGCCCUGCAGGGCGCUUUUCACGAGCACAUACAGCUUCUCCGGGUUGCCGCGGCCAAGCUGAGGGGCAACAAGUCUAUGACCAAACAGCAAUGGGAGUUCGUCGAAGUUCGCACGCCGGCCGAGCUGGCGAGAUGUGACGGGCUCAUUAUACCAGGAGGCGAGAGCACCGCUAUGGCCCUGGUGGCUGCUCGUUCGAACCUUCUUGAGCCGCUGAGAGAAUUUGUAAAACUCCAUAGGAAGCCCACCUGGGGUACCUGCGCAGGCCUAAUCCUGCUCGCUGAAUCAGCAAACCGGACGAAGCGAGGUGGUCAAGAGCUCAUCGGUGGGCUGGACGUUCGCGUUAACAGGAACCAUUUCGGGAGACAGAUGGAGAGCUUUUAUGCGCCAUUGGAUCUACCUUUCCUGCCGGGUGAUUCCGGUCCAUUCCGAGCAGUGUUUAUAAGGGCUCCCGUGGUCGAGAAAGUUCUUUCGCCCAAGGAAGGCAUUCAAGACGAGGAAUUUGCAAGAGACGGGGCCGUCGUGGCGCCAUCAGUACGGCCAGAGAGUGCACUUGCUCGGGAAGUCAUGGCGGGAAAGGUUGAGGUCCUGGGCAAACUACCGGCCAAGGUUGACGGUAACGGUGACCCACAGGAGGCUGGUGAUAUCGUGGCCGUGAAACAGGGUAACGUUUUUGGUACCAGUUUUCAUCCGGAGUUGACUGAUGAUGCCAGAAUUCAUAUGUGGUGGCUCACUCAGGUUAGUGAGUCAGUAGCGAAGUUACAGAAGGCAGAAGUGGUCGUUCGAUAG